AUGUUCUUUAGUAAACAAAUUAUCAGUGUGGAUGAUUCUUGUUAAAUAACAUGGAUUAUUUAUCUGGUCUACUAUAUAUUUGAACCGGCAUGGCUGAUUUCGUGUGAACCUUUGCGUUGUUGUUGUUAUAUGCAUCAAGUUCAGUCGCUCCGAGUUUGGGGUAACGAAUACAACGGGCGAAGUAAGUUUGAAAUAAACGCGUCGUUAGAAAGAUAUAAUAUGUGUACAAAUAGAAUAAGAGAGGAUUCGUGAAACGAUGCGAUUAUCUCGUCGUGAGUGUACUUACGUGAAAACAUGUCUUGGAUAAAAAAGGCCAAUAUUAAAAUGGGUGUUAAGAAGAUGAACGAUAAUGACGAUGAUAAUAGUUCUAAUUAUUCAGAUGAUUCAGGUUUAGAUCCCACCAAUUCCGCAUCUCACUUGCGUCCACUAAAUUCCGAUAUAACCGCUCCAAGGAUAGACAGCUACAGAUUUUCCAUGGCUAACCUCGAAGAUUCCCAAGACGUCGACCUCGACGCCAUCCUGGGGGAACUCUGCGCUUUGGAAACCGUUUGCGAUAGAGAAAUCGGACAAGCCAGAGAUAAAAUACAAUCGGCGAUUUCGGAUUCUCAGACUCAAAUCGAAAAUCGAACGCACAACAGAUCGUUAUCGGAAGCUUCGAGAAUGAAAAUUGAUAACGACGAUAAUCUGCUUAUGAAAAGCGAUUCGGGACGUACGGAAUCGCCCGAUAACGAUUCGGCUUUUAGCGAUACGGUUUCCAUGUUGUCCAGCGAAUCGUCGGCGAGCAGCGGCGGCAGCGGAGCCAAACCUCAAACUCUGAGACUGCAAAACGUACAACAGGACGACGCUUCGAGACUUAAAGCGGAAAAAAUCAAAAUGGCCAUGGAGAAGAUCAAGGAAGCCAAUAUACAGAAAUUAUUUUUGAAAGUGUUCACCGUAGACGGUUCGGCUAAAUCGUUAUUGGUCGAUGAAAAAAUGGUGUGUUCGUACGUAACGAGAUUGUUGGCCGACAAAAAUCACGUGCAGAUGGAACCCAAAUGGGCUAUAGUCGAACAUUUACCCGAUUUAUAUAUGGAGAGAUUCUACGAAGACCACGAACUCCUAGUGGACAAUCUCCUACUUUGGACACGCGAUUCCAAAAACAAAAUCUACUUCGUAGAAAGAGAAGAUAAGAUCAAAUUGUUUUCCCAACCGGAAAGAUUCCUCUUGUCGUCUACCGACAAAAAGGAAGAUCAGGACUACGACGAACAUUUCAGAAAUAUGUUAUUGGAGGAAUACUUCUCCUCGAACAAUCCGCCCGAAGUGGAAGGACCUCUCUAUUUGAAGGCGGAUUCGAAGAAAGGAUGGAAAAAACACCAUUUCGUUCUCCGGGCUUCGGGAUUGUAUUAUUACCCGAAGGAUAAAGCGAAAUCGGCCAAGGAUCUGGUCUGCCUGGCCACAUUCGACAACAACCACAUCUAUUACGGCUUGGGAUGGAAGAAAAAGUACAAGGCUCCGACGGAUUUUUGUUUCGCCGUUAAACAUCCGAGAUUACAAGAACCGAAAUCGACGAAGUACAUAAAAUAUUUGUGCGCCGAGGACCAGAACACGUUGGAAAGGUGGAUGGUCGGUAUGAGGAUAGCGAAAUUCGGUAAACAAUUGAUGGAUAAUUACAGGAGUCUCGUCGACGAGCUGGCCCAAGAGGAUUUGGACAUUUUGGCCAACGCCAGGAGUUGUUCUGUCAGUUCCAUCGCCGUUCAAUCGUUUCCGUCUAAUGUUACCACACCUACGCAAGGAUAUCAAAGUAGCGAAGCCGGUUAUGGAACCCAAAGCGAAACAUAUUCCACAUCUACCGAUAUGAGCUCGGGAAGACACAGCAGAGCCAGUAGCUCCAGUUCCAGCGGUUGUAUGUCGGACAGCGCCCCGUCCAGUUGCGAAAACGCUUUCGAUUCCGAAUUUCCCAUGGGUACCAUAAAAAGAAAACCAUCGAUGAAACCCAGUUUACCGUUAACCAAUAUCACUCGACAAUUGAAAGAAGUCGGCGAAACUAGGGACGAAACCGACGGAACCCCAUUACCCUCCAGUCCCAUAAUCUACACAAAUUCCGGUACUCUAACGCGAGGUCACAACCGAAGGAAAUCCAACCAAUCGGACGAUUCCUCCAACAGCGGUACCCUAAAAAGGCAACAUUCCUACAAAUCCAGAGGAUCCGUCGAAUCUACGGGAAACAGAAGCGGUAAUACGACGCCUCUGUGCGGCACUUUACCGGAUUAUACUACCGGAAACGGUUACUUAUCGACCGUUAUGACGGAUUCCAUAACGUCGUUACCGCCGCCGCCCCCCGAAAACCACGACGAUAUAAUAAUAAAUAAUUAUUCCCUACCGGCGCCGCCUCCCGAAGUAUACAAUUCGAAUCUCUCUCUCGAUAGUCUUCCGCCGCCUCCGAAUCCGAUCGAUUUACCGCCGAUUACCGGCGCCGAAUUAACCGGUAGCCAAUUGUCGCUUAUGUCGUUACCGCCGCCGCCCGGAGAGGAUACCGCUAUAAGGAAAAGGAUCGGCGGAGCCUUGUCGCCGGAUUUAACGCCAACCCAUUCGAGACUGAAUACACCGGUUUGUAGUCCUCCGCAAUCGAACGCCGGAAGCGGUUGUAGUACGCCUAUUCAAGGAAAUCCGCCGGUUAAUUUCAAUAUGGCGGCGCAUAGAUGCGUCAACGGUCAGGAGAUGUUGUACGGUACCGCGGGUCUUCGGUCUUCCAUUAGACAGUCUUCUUCUACUUCUUUACCGAGACAGAUUUCUUGUAAUAGUAUAGCGUCGAGUAACAGUUCGGGUUCGUCUUCCGGCAACACCUACCGGAAUUCGCCCGGUAUACAGAGAAAGGUGAAUUUCCAGGAGCCCCCUAGUCCUAAGAAGACUGGCAAAAAGAUUAGUUUUAAUUUGACGCCGCAGGAAGUGCCGCCUUUACCGAAAAAACCGCCGCCGCCUAAAAGGGCGGAAACCACCAAAUUGACUAGUCCGAAAAAGUUGGUCGAACCGCCGGUGGAAUUUUUGAAGGAUUUGCAAAGGGUUAUGAGAAAAAAAUGGCAGGUAGCUCAAAAAUGCAAACUGGAACCGGAAACAACGCCGCACGAAGUACUUGGUUUCCGCGAUCCCCCCGUCCUUCUGCCCGAUUACAAGGAACACAACGUUUCGAAUUGGGUACAGGAACAUUACGGACCGAACAACGUUUACGAGAACAUCUAUCGAGAUAAUAAUCCCGAUGCUGUCGUCGAAUACGCCACCAGUCCGGUACACGUUAGAAACGAAAUCAGAUCGUCGGUAUCGUCGAUGGAUUCGAUGAAAUCCAAACGACCGCCGCCGCCGCCGCCUCCGAAACGUAGCGAAACUACGCAUCUAACCACUCCAAAGACUUACUGAUGCUGCGUGUGUUGAUUCAAAUCGUGGAAAAUAACCUCAAAUUGGCGCGUGAGAUUUGAUCGUGUCAGAAAAUCGUUUUGGUUGCCACUGUUCCUAGCAGAAAAAGGAAAACGUUUUCGGAAAUUCUGUUAUCGCGAAACGGAUUCGGUUGAAAUUUGUUUGGUAGUGAAACGAAAAUUGUUGAAAUGGCCUAAAAAGACGAUUUUCUGAUGACUUUUCGAGUUUUGGCAUAUCAGGUCCUUGUAUACGGUGACCAUUCAUAUAUAAUCGCUAAUUGCUUCGUUUUGACUGAAUUUCUUUUGAAAUAAUUCGAUAAAAUAUUGAUUUUCAACAACUCGACCGAGUCAUUUGCUUUUAAUCGUCAAUAAAUUGAUUGUUAUUUCGGAUUUCUAAUCAACAGAAUCUAAAUCCACACAUUUUUCGUUAAAUUUUGAUUCUAAACCGUUUGACUGAUUAAGGGGUGUAUACACGAUCCGGUAAAAAAACGUCUAAUAAAAUUGACAACUGUCAAUAACCUUUUUUAGUGUGAUAAAGUGUUUUACUGCAUUUUAUUAUUAUUUUUCUCAAAAAUCUCGUUUUUUUAAGUGGUGUAUACUCGAUCCGGCAAAAAAACCGUCCAAAAAAUUGAAUCUUGAUGAAAUAUAGUUACGGAAAAAUCGUCUAAAUAAUGAACUUUUUCUUAGAAUAGUACGUAUCGAUAACGUUGUGCAUUUCUUUGCAAUAUCUCAUUGUUUAAGGUAUAUAUCCGCGAUCCGGCAAAAUAACCGCCAAUUUUCUCCCUAAAUUCAUUUAUGCUUUAUUUAUGUUUAAGGAUUAUAUAAUACUAAAGUGAUAUUUUAUGUUCUCAUGAAAUGCGUAAUAUCUUAAGAUGUGGUUACACGAUCCGGUAGAAAAACCGAUUUAUCUUCUCUCGAAAUUAAUUUUUAAUUUAUUUUUGUGGUAUCAUCAUAACGCUCCUUACAGUGCCACUUCCGCAUUUUUUAAAAUAAGUUUCAUGAAAUAUUUCAUUGUUUCAUGGUGUAUAUAAACGAUCCGGCAGAAAAACCUGUCGAAUAAAAAAAAUUUAUAAAUUCUAUUAAAAUUUUGGGUUGUGUUCAUAUCUUAAAAUUUCAUGAAUAAUUUUAUUGUUUAAGGUGGGUGUACACAAUCCGGCAAAAAACCGUAGCACUAAAAUUGAUUCCCGUUUGAAAAAUUUUGUUUUUCUUCCUUUGUUUAUCCAUUUUCUACGGUUAGUUUAGUGAUUGCAUAAUUUAAACAUUUUUAAGGACGUCCUAUCCGAUCCGGCAAACAUAGAUCUCCAUUUUUACCCAUUUUCCCGUGGGUUUCCCAGAGGUAAAAAAUUUUUACCGUCAUAAAAAACUAAUUUCCAAUAAAAAAAAUAUUUUUCUUUUAUUUCAACCUUAUCCAUUAUCUAAAUCACCUGUAAAGGUGGUUAUACACGAGCCGGUGAAGUAGAUUCUGAUGAUUCGAAAUAUUAUCAACAGAAACUGCAUUUAAAUAUGCGUGCAUUUAUUUGAGCUUCAAAAUAUACAAUAACUGGAAAAGUAAUUAUCCAAUCUUGUGAUUUCCAUAUCAAAAUAUCAUUUAAAUCAUAUUUAUUCGAUAUCUAUAGCUUGGUUUACACGUCCCAUUAAAACCGCGUCGUAUAAAACGUACUUUUAACCUGUAAUUUUUUUAACAAGGAUUGAUGACAAGACUAUUUGAGUUUAUUUUACCCCGUUUUGUGAUUUAAACACCACCUAAACUGCCAGCCUGAAGGAAGAGUCUGCAUCUGGAUGUGAUUUAAAUUUAUUGUGCCAUUUUUUUCUUGAGUGUACACGUCAAGGGACUUCUUAAAUUAGUUUUUGUAAUACUGGACACGUUGAAUUGCGAAUAAUCCUUUUUGUAUAUAUAAUUCUAAAAUUGUAGUUAAAUUAUUUAUGAAUAAUAAAAAAAAAUAAUAAUAUGUCAAACAUUGAUGGUGCUUACGAAACGUCCGAUACGUUCGUAUAUGAAAUUAGACGCCAAAAAAAAACAAAAUGGUUCUUGUUUUCGCCACAUAUUUAUAAUAUGAAAAAAUCCGGAAGAACUUAAUUACAAAACUAUUUUUAAGAUGUGUAUAAACGAUCCGGCAGAAAAACCGUGUAUUUUCUCUCCAAAUUAAUUUUAAAUUUAAUAUGGAGGACAUUUCAUAACAUUUCUCACAAUCCUCAAUGUUAUUUUCACAAUUUCGCAUCAUUUUUCAUGAAAUAUCCCAGUUUUUAAGAUGUGUAUACACGAUCCGGCAGAAACACCGUCUAUUUCCUCUCCAAAUUCAUUUUAAAUUUAAUAUUGAGGAAGUUUCAUAACGUUUCUCACAAUCCUCAAUGUUAUUUUAACAAUUUCGCAUCAUUUUUCAUGAAAUAUCCCAGUUUUUAAGAUGUGUAUACACGAUCCGGCAGAAAAACCGCCUCUUUUCUCUCCAAAUUCGUUUCAAAUUUAAUCUUGAGGAAAUUUUAAAACGUUUCUCAUAAUCCUCAAUGUUAUUUUCACAAUUUCGCAUCAUUUUUCAUGAAAUAUCUCAGUUUUUAAGAUGUGUUUACACGAUCCGGCAGAAACACCGUCUAUUUCCUCUCCAAAUUCGUUUCAAAUUUUAUCUUGAGGAAAUUUUAAAACGUUUCUCACAAUCCUCAAUGUUAUUUUCACAAUUUCGCAUCAUUUUUCAUGAAAUAUCUCAGUUUUUAAGAUGUGUUUACACGAUCCGGCAGAAACACCGUCUAUUUCCUCUCCAAAUUCAUUUUAAAUUUAAUAUUGAGGAAGUUUCAUAACGUUUCUCACAAUCCUCAAUGUUAUUUUAACAAUUUCGCAUCAUUUUUCAUGAAAUAUCCCAGUUUUUAAGAUGUGUAUACACGAUCCGGCAGAAAAACCGCCUCUUUUCUCUCCAAAUUCGUUUCAAAUUUAAUCUUGAGGAAAUUUUAAAACGUUUCUCAUAAUCCUCAAUGUUAUUUUCACAAUUUCGCAUCAUUUUUCAUGAAAUAUCUCAGUUUUUAAGAUGUGUUUACACGAUCCGGCAGAAACACCGUCUAUUUCCUCUCCAAAUUCGUUUCAAAUUUUAUCUUGAGGAAAUUUUAAAACGUUUCUCACAAUCCUCAAUGUUAUUUUCACAAUUUCGCAUCAUUUUUCAUGAAAUAUCUCAGUUUUUAAGAUGUGUUUACACGAUCCGGCAGAAACACCGUCUAUUUCCUCUCCAAAUUCAUUUUAAAUUUAAUAUUGAGGAAGUUUCAUAACGUUUCUCACAAUCCUCAAUGUUAUUUUAACAAUUUCGCAUCAUUUUUCAUGAAAUAUCCCAGUUUUUAAGAUGUGUAUACACGAUCCGGCAGAAAAACCGCCUCUUUUCUCUCCAAAUUCGUUUCAAAUUUAAUCUUGAGGAAAUUUUAAAACGUUUCUCAUAAUCCUCAAUGUUAUUUUCACAAUUUCGCAUCAUUUUUCAUGAAAUAUCUCAGUUUUUAAGAUGUGUUUACACGAUCCGGCAGAAACACCGUCUAUUUCCUCUCCAAAUUCGUUUCAAAUUUUAUCUUGAGGAAAUUUUAAAACGUUUCUCACAAUCCUCAAUGUUAUUUUCACAAUUUCGCAUCAUUUUUCAUGAAAUAUCUCAGUUUUUAAGAUGUGUUUACACGAUCCGGCAGAAACACCGUCUAUUUCCUCUCCAAAUUCAUUUUAAAUUUAAUAUUGAGGAAGUUUCAUAACGUUUCUCACAAUCCUCAAUGUUAUUUUAACAAUUUCGCAUCAUUUUUCAUGAAAUAUCCCAGUUUUUAAGAUGUGUAUACACGAUCCGGCAGAAAAACCGCCUCUUUUCUCUCCAAAUUCGUUUCAAAUUUAAUCUUGAGGAAAUUUUAAAACGUUUCUCAUAAUCCUCAAUGUUAUUUUCACAAUUUCGCAUCAUUUUUCAUGAAAUAUCUCAGUUUUUAAGAUGUGUUUACACGAUCCGGCAGAAACACCGUCUAUUUCCUCUCCAAAUUCGUUUCAAAUUUUAUCUUGAGGAAAUUUUAAAACGUUUCUCACAAUCCUCAAUGUUAUUUUCACAAUUUCGCAUCAUUUUUCAUGAAAUAUCCCAGUUUUUAAGAUGUGUAUACACGAUCCGGCAGAAAAACCGCCUCUUUUCAAAUUUUAUCUUGAGGAAAUUUUAAAACGUUUCUUACCAUCCCCAAUCUUAUUUUCUCAAAUUCACAUUAUUUCUCAUAAAUUAUCUUAAAUCAAAUCUAUUAAGAUUUGUAUACACGAUCCGGUGAAAAAACCGUCCAACAAAAGAAUUCAUCAGUUUGUCUUUCAAAAGUACCGUGUUUUAUGUAUUUUUUCACUACGUUAUUGUUUAGGGUGCGUAUAGACGAUCCGGUAAAAAAAUCGUCUAAGCAACAAUUUUAUUUCAUUCCAUUUUUAUACACGGUAAUAUUUUUUUUGGUUUUUGUUAAACUUUCGUGUACGAAAUCGAUCGGACCUAGUUAAAAUUUCAACAGAUGUAGCGAAAUUUUGCGUGUUUUAUAAAUUUUAUAACAAUUUUUACCUAAAUUAGUUAAAAAUAUUUAUACGACUAUUAUAAAUUUACAGGGUUUAAAGAUGUCGGUUAUUUAUUUCAUAUAUUUUCCGAAAAUACUUCCGAAUCUACCCGAUUCGAUAACAACACGCUAAUUCGACGUUUUCGAUAACGCAGAAUCCAUUUAUACAAAUCCAAUUCUAAAAAUAUCACCUCCAAUAAUAAAUCCGAACCGGAUGACGACCAAUUCAUUUAUUACUUAUUUUCGAUAUGUUGUACUUCGACAAAUGGAUUCUACAUUAUCGAAAACGCUAAACUAACGAGUUUUAGAUGGGUAAAUACGGAAAUAUGGCCUUUUGUUCUAAUUACCUGUAAUACUUUUUGUAUAUAUAAUCUGUGAACGUUCCUUUUACCUAAGUGAAUCAUUUCGGGGCGUCAAAGUAAUAUAACAUGUAAUAUAUUUCUCAAAUUAUUAUUAUUUUUUUGAUAUAUAAACUUUAUUGAUCUCUACAAUGCCAUUAUUAUAUAUUUUUUGUAUGGUUUGUUACUGCAUUUAUACCGGUUGUAAACAUGUUACUAUAUACACAAACAUCUAUUUGAGAAUUAUAUUUAUAUUAACCCCUGUAUAAAAUAAUAGAACAAUUGUGCGAUCAACGGAUCCGGAACAAUUUUUGUGCCAAAAAAAAAUCACUAUUUUCAAUACAAUUACUAUUCGAUGAGUAAAAAGCGAGGAGGUAUCAUAUCAGGAACGUAGAAAUAUAUUCAAGGUAACAGGAGGCAAACAUAUGGACGAAGUAACAGGAGACAGAAAGGUAGAUGAGGUAACAGGAGAUAGAAACAUGUAGGAAGUAAACGGGAGGCAAAAUAAUGUGUGAGGUAACAAGAACUAGAAAGAUGUACGAAGUAACAGGAGUUAAAAUAUUGACGAGGUAACAGGAAACAAAAUUAUGGAAGAAGUCGCAGGAGGUAGAAAGAUUUCAGAAAUAACAGGAGGUGAAAAGAUAUACGAAGUAACUGGAGGUAUAAUAUGAACGAGGCAACAGGAAAAAGAAAUAUGUAAUAAGCAGCAGGAGGUAGAGAGGGGGGAAUUAAUUGUGGUUUCAAAAUCCAAUUUCAUCGCAUUUUGUCAAAUUUGAUUUGGUAUCAGGAAAAUGAGGAGGUGUAAUACUUGCCAGAAGUAAUCAUGACUCUAAAAUUAUUUUUAAAAUGUCUAAAAUUCAUUUUGGGCCAGGAAAACAUACAUACGAGGAGCUAUAUGAUGUAUCAGGAGUAACUGUAUUCUCAAAAUCUAAUUUCUUUCAAUUUUGUCCAAUUAAGUUUUUCACCAAGAGAACUAGGAGGUAUACGACGUACCAGAUGUUACCAUUCAUCCAAAAUUUUAUCUAAAAUUGAUUAUGUACUAGGAAAACAUGAACAACAGGGGGUAUAUGACGUACCAGGAGUAAGUCUAAUUUAUUCAAAUUUUGUCUAAUUUUUUUUUCUUACCAGGAGAACGAAAAUGUAUACGACGUACCAGGAGCAACUAUUUCUUGAAAAUUGUAUCUAAAAUUUCUUUGGAAUUGAUUGUAAUGGGAAAACAUGAAUACAAGAAUGUAUAUGAAGUACCAGAAGUAACUAUUUCCAAAACUCCGUGUUAUAUAUUUGUUUAAAUUUGAUCCAGUACCUUCUGAUAGGAUAACAGGGGUAAAUACAAUCUACCAAUAAUUUUUUGAAAAAAUAUUGUUAGAUUUUGGUUUUUUUUCGCAAAAAUUGUUUCGAAAAUUUGGUCCUGCAUGUACGGGCACAAACGAAACGGCGUUGUAGACAGAGUUUUUACAUUUUUUAUUAUUACUGUUGGGUUUUUUUUUCUAUAAGCAAACCAUUUGGUACAAUGUGUAUAAUUCACAUACAUAUAUAUAAUAAUGUUAUUUUAUCCUUAUUAGGACCAAUUUAAUUUUUUUAAUUAUAAUAAAAUAAACGGAAAAUACCAAA